GAGGCUAUUUUUAGAAGAUUAAGGAAAGAAUCCAACAGGAAAGUGUGAUUAUUGCCAGGAAACAGAGACCGAGGAGCAUGUAUUGCUACAGUGUGGGCAGUAUCAGAGGAAAGAGAGAGGCUGAGAUCUAGUAUGAGGGAGAAGGGGAUACAGGAAAUCAUUUUAAAGAUUAUAUUGAGUAGAACUUUAUUAGAUAUAGUCUCAAAUAUGUUGUUAUAUUUUUUUAAAGCAACGGGGCUGGCAGGUAGGAUUUAGUUUCUCCCUGCCUCUGGCCCAUACUCCAGUACAGAAGGUGGCGAUAAUGCACCAUAACGUUUGAUGCCAACCGCCGAUAAACCCCACCGAAGAGAAGGAAAACAUCAAUCUACUGUUGCUGUCUCCGCUUAGUUAUCUCGCAUGAAAUAUAUAUUUAGAAACCUUGAAUAACGACAACGUAGCUACUAUCUUGAAGAUUGAAUGUUCAACAUGGGUUACAAUAAAUUCAGAGUCAACGCUACUCGGAAGAUGUCGAAGACGUUAGCCUUGACCGUUCUAACCUGUUUGUCGUUCUGCAUCAGUGUUUGCAGGGCAGAGGAUAGUGCCAUGGAGAACAUCGUAACAGAGAGGAAGGUUGAAGAUAACCACAGACAAGACAGUGCCGACCUGCUGAUUUUCAUCAUGCUCCUAACCCUUACGAUUUUAACUAUAUGGUUAUUCAAGCACCGUCGUUUCAGGUUUUUGCAUGAAACGGGACUAGCUAUGAUCUAUGGUGUGCUGGUUGGGGUGGUCCUGCGCUAUGGUAUCCACGUACCCCGUGACAUUAGUAACGUCACCCUCAGUUGCCAUGUCAAUGCCAGCCCGCCCACACUGCUCGUCAACGUCAGUGGCAAGUUUUACGAGUACAGUCUGAAGGGUGAGAUCAGCCCCUCUGAGAUCAAUGAUGUACAAGACAACGAGAUGCUUCGCAAGGUGACCUUUGACCCCGAAGUGUUCUUUAACAUCCUCCUGCCCCCCAUCAUCUUCCAUGCCGGCUACAGUCUGAAGAGGAGACACUUCUUCAGGAACAUGGGGUCCAUCCUAGCCUAUGCCUUUCUGGGAACAGUCAUAUCAUGUUUCAUCAUUGGGUUGCUGAUGUAUGGCUGUGUCACGCUGAUGAAGCAAGUGGGACAGCUUGAUGGGGACUUCUUCUUCACUGACUGCCUGUUGUUUGGAGCCAUCGUCUCUGCUACUGACCCCGUGACGGUGCUGGCCAUCUUCAACGAGCUGCAGGUGGACGUGGAUCUGUACGUUCUGCUGUUUGGAGAGAGCGUUCUCAACGACGCCGUGGCCGUGGUGCUGUCCUCGUCCAUCGUGGCGUACCAGCCGGAGGGGGACAACAGUCACACCUUUGAGGUGAUGGCCAUGUUGAAGUCUUUCGGGGUGUUCCUGGGUGUUUUCAGUGGAUCAUUCGCCCUGGGGGUGGCCACCGGGGUCAUGACAGCACUCGUCACUAAGUUCACUAAGCUGAGAGACUUCCAGCUUCUGGAGACGGCUCUCUUCUUCCUCAUGUCCUGGAGCACCUUCUUAAUGGCUGAGGCCUGUGGCUUCACAGGUGUGGUGGCGGUGCUGUUCUGUGGGAUCACUCAGGCUCACUACACCUUCAACAACCUGUCCCCUGAGUCCCAGGACAGGACCAAACAGUUGUUUGAGCUGCUGAACUUCCUGGCGGAGAAUUUCAUCUUCUCCUACAUGGGUCUGGCGUUGUUCACCUUCAAGAACCACAUCUUCAACCCCACCUUCAUCGUCGGGGCUUUCGUAUCUUUACUCAACUAUAAUACUUCAAUUAAUAUUCAACUUUUGAUUUAGUAGCACUGUAGGGAG